CAGCUGGCUCAGUCAUUAUGCGCAAAAAACUCGAGGCUUUGCGGCAGCCCAGAUUCCUUUUUUUGUUACAAGACAAUUUACAGCUUCGUAAUAGAUCUUUUUAUGAGCCUAUUUCGUCUGUCAUUGGAUGCCACUGGUCAUGUGCAGCACGCAAACGUCUUCAUGACCCCUUUUCCUGAUUUCCCAAGCGAUUUUUCCACUACAUUCUGUGGCUAAAGCCUCCAAAUACAAAAUACACUGUGUGCUCAUGUAAUUUUCUAUGUUAAAGAUCGAGCAGACAAACUCGAGGCUUUGGUAACCUGCAUUACCAAUUGCGUGUGUUGUCAGAUGCUAGCUUGAUGUGUGCUACAAGAGCUAAACAGAGCAAGCAUUACAGUACUGGACGACAGACUUUGAAGCACGCUUCAUAAUAUUCAGCACCAUCGCCGGAGGCAAACCAUGGAUUACACGGCUUUGUUUGGUCGCCGUCAAAAUUAUGAGGAUUGUUUGAGGAGAAAGAGAAGAGAGAAAACCACAGACUACGCAGGUCAAAGGACAGAAAAUCUGUGGGAAGCUCCAAUCACGUGAUUCACAAGUCCAUGCUAUUGGACAGGAGUUCACAGGAUCUCUAAGUUUGAACCUUCGCAAUGCAGAAAGCCACUUAUUAUGACAAUGCUGGACUUUUCGGAGGAUAUUCGUACCCUAAAUCUGACUCCUACACGUACGGUCCAACACACCAGGGCUUCUCAUCCUCCAGUAUAGAGAAUGACUAUCAAAGCCCAAUUUGUCCAAUUCAAACUACAUCAGUCCGGCAAGCAACCCAUAAAAACGGAGACAUCAAUGGCAGUUGUAUGCGACCAAGUGCCAGUCAGGGCAACAGUCAGCCAGAGAGUAUCAGUGAGCAGCAGCAGGCUGCUCCAUUAGCGGCCAGCUCUCCCAGCCCCAGCACUAACUCCACACAAAAAAAGAAAUCCCCCAGCUCUAAUGGAUCCAGCACUGCCACCCCAGUCAUCUCCAAGCAAAUUUUCCCCUGGAUGAAAGAGACCCGCCAAAAUGCAAAGCAGAAAAGCACCAACUGCCCAGCAGCAGGAGAAACCUGCGAUGACAAGAGUCCGCCUGGCCCUGCGUCGAAACGAGUGCGCACUGCCUACACCAGCGCCCAGCUAGUCGAGCUGGAGAAGGAGUUUCAUUUCAACCGCUACCUGUGUCGCCCCAGAAGAGUGGAGAUGGCCAAUCUGCUCAACCUCACCGAGCGCCAAAUAAAGAUCUGGUUUCAAAACAGAAGGAUGAAGUACAAAAAAGAUCAGAAAUCUAAAGGCAUAAUGCACUCUCCCUUAGGACACUCUCCGGACAGGAGCCCGCCGUUAAGUGGCUCGAAUCACAUUGGAUAUUCUGGUCAGCUUCCGAACGUAAACAGCCUCAGCUACGACGCGCCGUCGCCUCCGUCAUUCGCCAAGCCGCAGCAGAAUAUAUACGGCUUGGCGGCAUACACGGCGCCAUUGGGCGGCUGCAUACCGCAGCAGAAAAGGUACCCGGGAACAGAGUACGACCACCACAGCAUGCAGGGGAACGGUAGCUUUGCUAAUGCUAAUUUACAAAGUAGCCCCGUGUACGUCGGGGGAAACUUCGUUGAUUCAAUGCCAGCCUCCGGCCCCAUGUUCAACCUCGGUCAUCUUCCCCAUCCCUCAUCCGCUAGUGUGGACUACAGCUGUGCCGCUCAGAUUCCGGGUAACCACCACCACGGACCGUGUGACCCCCACCCCACAUACACAGACCUCAGCUCUCAUCAUGCGUCUCAGGGAAGGCUGCAGGAUGCGCCCAAACUCACGCACCUGUAAGGAUCCCAUCUGUGUGCUCAAGCGAAGGGUCGCUUUUUGUAUUACCUCACUAGCUAAACUAAUUUAUAAAAACUACACUCGGAGAGAAACAUAACGUAUUAUCCUGUAUUAUUAUUGAUAUUACUAUUACUGCUAUGAUUGUAAUUAUUUUUUAAUAAUAAUAGCUGUGGUCCAUUUCUCUUUGACUGUUGAAGACACACACAAGGUUGUUUGUUGCCGGGUUCUCCAAAGAACCGAAUCGGCAAUAAUGAGGGCAAUUUCCAUGACGUAUUAUACUUGAAGGUAAGUUCUGUAGAUUUGACCGUAUAGACAUUCGUCUUUAUAGAGGUGGGUUUUUGUAGAGGAUUAAAAACCAUCGCGUCGUCUGUUACUCACGGGUUUUUCGCCAUACCAUUAUUUAUUUUCCACCAAGAUUGUAUGACAAGCAUUUAUAAUGACUGAGUAUUAUAUUUAUUAUUUAUCGUUUUAAUUAACGCACAUUAUUUAUAUUCUCAUGUAUAUUAUUUAUAUAGCAGGUGUAGAAUUUAUUUUGGAGCAGAAGGCAUUUCUUUGAACUGGUGCAAACAAGGUAAUAAUGUGAGAUUGGUGUAUUCCCUUCUUCAUUCAGUAAUAAAAUAUUGUGAAAAUGAAGAACUAACUAGAAUUUUGAAAUUGUAAUUAUUAUACUUGGGAAUUUGGCAAUGGUUAUCAUGUUGCUUACAGCACCAGCACCUAACGACACAUCCUUAUGUUCAUUAUAAAUGCUAUUUUGCAAGUUGCACUGUCCAUGCAUAAAAGGAUGAAAUGGUAACGAUAUGGAAAUGUUAUAUUUUAUUGUGUUGAACAUUUUGUAAAUAAAGUGCUUACGCUAAACACGUGAAA